AAAUGGAAUUCAUUUCUUUGUUUCCUCAAGCAUCAGGCAAGCAAAUAUCGCUCGUUUUUCGUACCAUGUCGAUUGAAACGUAGCAAGGACAAUGUGUCUAUUGAACCGGACACAGCUCAGAUGGUAUCUAUCUACAUGGCCUCCGAGGAUUUCAUCCCUGAUAGUGUCUUCCAUCCUCUAGUUGUGAGCUUGAUUGGAAUGGUACAAGACAUGGGCUACACAGCCAUGCUGGAAUUAUUUAGCAACUAUGCAGACAUCAGCCUAGGACUUGAACACACUCUCAGCUUAGGACCAGUAGUCAUUAAUAACAAGCCCUCAUUGAAGCUGGAAAUAUCCCGAACGCCUAUCAUUCAUGAGGACAAUACCAAGACAUCAACAGGUGAACCCAGUCCUAGAAUCUGUAUGCAGGUGUUAGAGUUUCUGAAGAAAGAGAUGGAAGUGCUGACAUCUGGAAUGAAGCACACACGUUAUAAGUUCUGUGUGCUGUGCUGGACAGGUUUGCGAGAAAUGCACUUCCACGAUUUGGAAGAGUGCCUGGAAAACGCCUAUAUCCGAUGCUCUAAGAAAUUAGUAACCACUGCCAAACUACAGAGGAUGUUCAAGAAUAAGCAACUAGUGACAGAUUCUUCAAUGCCAGCAGCAGGUUCCAGUGAUGCUGAAACAGCGCCACCAGAUGAACGUCUUGGUUAUCUUGAAGAGAAGCACCUGCUUCGUAUCGCCCAGGGCAUGGGAAUGGAGUGGAAACAACUGGGCGUCAGAUUGGGUCUCAGUUGGAAGAGGAUCCAACAAAUAUGGAGUGAUAAGAGACAAUUGCCAGAGAGCAUAAUGGAUAUGCUGACAGAAUGGAGGAAACAACAGAACUAUGAGACAAAUCAAGUUGAGAUAAUGUGCAGAGCUUUGAAGGAACAAGGACUCACAGAGCUUGCUAACAAAAUCUUUGACUCUCAAAUGUCAGAGGUUAAAGAAGCCAAUGCAAAUGCAGGUGGAGAUACCAGUAGAAGAUUACCCACAGCACACCAUGAAUACGAUGCAUCCUUUAAUGAUCAAGACCUGCUGUUUGUCUGUGAAGAUCUGGGCUCUGAUUGGAGGAGACUAUUAGUGCGACUUGGACUUGGGUGGAACAAGAUUAAUGUCAUAGCAGACAACAACACACUGAAAGAUGGCAUCAUGGAAACUCUGGUGACUUGGAGAGAUGGCCAAUCAACAAACCAAAUGCCAAUCAUGAUCAGCGCAUUGAGAGAACAGGGACUUGUACAAGUUGCAGAACGAUUGUGUAAAAGGCGUGGCUACACAGACGACCUCGAAGCUGCUGCAAAUCCACCUGAAAUUUCAACACAACAUAGAAUAGUACGAGGGUACAUUCCAGAUUAUGUUCUAUUAUUUGUAUCUGAGAUGAUGGGUAGAGGUUGGAAAGCUGUUGCCAGGAGUCUUAGAAUAACAGAAACAGAAAUUGACGAUGUAGAUACAAAGUUUCAGAGACAGAUUGUGGAAGCCACUUUAGAAAUGCUUGUCCGAUGGAGGAACAGACAAGAAAGCAAUGUAAAUCAACUCACAACAUUGAAGGCAGCAUUGAUUGACAAUGAUAACAAGAUUGUUGCUGAUAAAUUAGACGACUACUACCAACAUACAUAAAGAACUUGAAUCAAUGAAUUAGUGGUACAGGUACCUAUCAUGUAUGGACUAAACAGGUUGUGGCACGAACUAUGUAAUAUUGUGAAAAUAAUAGAGAAACAUUUACCAAAUACCAGGUAGAUCAUUACUAUUGCGUAAAUUAACAAAAAUCUGCAUCCGCAUGUUCCAUUUGAAAUCAUGUUUUCUUGACACGACAAACAACAAUGCAGAAUAUCUGAGUCAUAUGUGUUUUAUGAAUCCCUAUCAAAACGAACAAACAAUUUGUAAUACGAUAUUGGGCUACACAAAAAGCAGAAAAAGACUAAAUCUCGCUGGGAAAAAUCAUGUUGAGAAAAUGUGCAGAGCAUGGAAGGAGCAAGAACACAGAGAACUUGCUAACAAGUUCUUCAGCUCAAAGGUAUCAGAAGAUCAACCAUCCAGUUUAAAAGCAGUUAGAGUACUUGCUAGUGGACGAUUACAUCAAGUGCACCAGAAAUGCAAAGGAUUCUUAUGAGACAUUGAUAUGCAAUUCAUUGCAGAGGAGCUUGGAAAGGAUUGGAAAUCCUAUGGCAGCAUCAUUGGUCUAAAGAAACCUGAGAUAUAAAGAUGAGCUGGACUUUUCACCACCAACUGUGGAUGCAAGACUGGAAAUGCUGGUUAUGUGGCGAGAAAGGCAAAACACUGAAGUAAACUACCUUGUAAAGAUGAGUGAUGUAUUGGAAAAACUUAGAACGGAGGCAGUCGUUAAAAAACUACGGAAGUACUACCAGGAAACUCAUGAAGAAUAAUGACAGAACAUAGCUACACAUUGGUACUGACGAUUUCAAAAGACAAAUAGACAUUGAUUAGGCCAGGGAUAAUUCCCCCACCCGCACCACUGCGAUUACAACACUCAAUAGAGUUUAAUGCCACAGUGUAUCAUAGGGCAAAUAAUGACACAAGAUUUAAUAUGAUAAAUAGGGAGUAAAUGAUAAUAUACAGUAUAUAUAGAGAAUACAUAAUUUAAUAUUAUACAUUUCCUCCCCCACCACUGCGAUUACGACACUCAAUAGAGUUUAAUGCCACAGUGUAUCAUAUGGCAAAUAAUGACACAUGAUGAUUUGAUAUGUUAUAUAGGAAGUAAAUGAUAAUAUAAUACAGUAUAUAUAGGAAAUACAUAAUUUAAUAUUGUACAUUUGGUAAAUAUAACAGUAUUAUACAAAUAUAUACUGUGCUUUUAUAUUCUUUAAACAUAGAAUCAUAUUUUUGUGACAGCCAAGUUGCUUUACAUUAAUUAU